GGAGCAGAAACAGUGUGACCUCCAUUUUACCGAAACCCCGAAACCUCGAAAACUCGUCAACCACCUUUGCGACAGGACCUCUGAAUAAAAAAUCUGUUCCCACCCAAAUCCGAAAACAUAAUCUUUCAUUGUUAUAAUUAUUGAUUAGUACGAAAUAAGUUACAUUUGUGCAAAACUAUGCUGUUGAAGGCAUCUUUUUGCUUCUAAAAUUGAAUUUGGUGACCAAUUAUGUCGUUGGUCUUUCGCUUUCCAUAUCUGAUCAAGCUCCUUCCUUGACCCUUUUGAGCUUUGACUUCUUCUGAAGCAACCCUUUUCUUUUCGCCUCCUUCUUAAGCUAUUUGCUAUGGUGGGUCUUGGGUUAUUCCUCUGGAUUUCUUCUAGUCAGCUUCAACUGAGAAGUGGUUUGUUGAAUUGGAGUUGAAUUUUUAGGGGUUUGAUAUGUUUGCCACUGAAAGAUUGGAGCUUUGUUUGUUUAAGAGGAGGAGGGGGCUGGGAAUUUUGUUUCAGAUUGCAUUUGAGUGGUGGGUUGUUCUACAGUUACUUAGUCCUGUGGCGGGUCUCAGACCCUUAAGAGAGAGAAGUCGAUCAUGGGGUGAUGAGUGGCUAUAUACAAGAAAGGAUGACAGUAACUUAGGCCCAUUUUCACAAUGGAACAUAACAGGAACUUACAAAGGAACUUGGAAGUUUCUAGAUACAACAAAUGGCUCUUCCAGAUUUCCAGACAUCAGAAAAACAAAUGGAAAUUCUGUAAUUGAAUUAGUUAGUACGCCCACAAAGAUAAGUGGAGUACAUUAUGUUCAGGGAGUAGUUAUAUUCCAUGAUGUGUUAGACAAUGAAUAUGAUGGUGGUUCUCAAAUCAGAAUAGAAGGUGUAUAUAUAUGGCCAUUUAGACAGCUUCGAAUGGUAGCCAACAGUGGAAGAGAGGGAGAGUUGAAUCAGAAUGAAGAUUACAUUUUAUCUAAUCCAUAUCAUCUACUUGGAGUUUUCUCAUCUCAGGUACUGCAAGAUUCUUCGCGAGAUAAGAUGUGGAGAAGAAAGCAUUCUCUAAUACAUGAUGUGGAGAAACAUUGUAAUAUUGAGAUUGCUGCACAAAUCUCACACUUGCCAUCAUCAAAUAAUGAAGGCGAGAAUGAUCAUUUUCAUCUAGAAGGGUUAAUGGAGAGUCCCUCAGCGGAUGAUGAUGGGGACUGCUUUUCUCCAUUGCUGUUAAAUGCAACAUCUGUCAAAAUUGAGGUCUACUAUAACAAAGCGGUGAACUAUACCUUGAUGGUUACUUUUAUCUCUUUCUUGCAAGUCCUUCUAUUGAUUCGUCAAAUGGAGCAUAGCAGCACUCAAUCUGGAUCCACUAAGGUUUCAAUAUUAAUGAUUGGCCAGCAAGCAAUAAUGGAUGCCUAUCUUUGCCUUUUGCAUCUAACUGCAGGAAUUCUAGUUGAAUCCUUGUUUAAUGCUUUUGCAACUGCUGCAUUUUUCAAGUUUGUGGUAUUCUCAAUAUUUGAGAUGAGAUACCUCCUUGCUAUCUGGAAGGCAAGUAGGCCUUUGAGUAAUGGGGAAGGUUGGGAGACAAUGAGGCGAGAACUUUCAGUUUUAUACAGUCGUUUCUAUGGGAUCUUGUUGGGAGGCAUUCUACUCAUGUAUGAGUUCCAUAAUUUUUUGAGACCUAUUCUUCUUCUUAUGUACUCUUUUUGGAUACCACAGAUAAUCACCAAUGUUAUCCGCGAUUCACGCAAACCAUUGCAUCCUCAUUAUAUCUUAGGGAUAACUAUUACUCGGCUAGCAAUCCCAUUAUAUAUUUUUGGUUGCCCUAACAACUUCAUGCGCAUAGAACCAGACAAAAGCUGGUGUGUUUGCUUGGCUAUAUUUAUCGGACUUCAAGCUGCAAUUCUCCUACUUCAGCACUAUCUUGGGUCACGUUGGUUCAUUCCUCGCCAGAUUCUACCUGAGAAAUAUAGUUAUUAUAGGAGGUUUGAUCAAGACACAAGACAUGCUACAGACUGUGUUAUUUGCAUGACAGCCAUUGAUCUUUCACAGCGAUCUAAUGAUUGCAUGGUGACACCUUGUGAUCAUUUCUUCCACUCUGGCUGUUUGCAAAGAUGGAUGGAUAUAAAGAUGGAGUGCCCAACUUGCCGUCGCCCACUACCCCCUGCCUAGAGAAGAGUACUUUUUUUCACUGUUUAUGCCAAUAGGAUCAACUGACCCUGCUUAACUUGAUAGUUUUAGUGGAAUGCUUGUAUGACAAAGUUUUACAUUGUUUUGCAUUUAAUGUUACGAGAGAGAAGUGAAAUCACACGGGCUUGGGUGGUCGACCUUUUCUUCUUCUCAUAGAAAUUUUGUAAUUUGAUUUUUUCCACCAUAUCCCAGAUACUGAUGAGGGUAUGCUUUUUUGGUACAUAAUUUGGAAAGGCAACAUUAAUUGUAUUUUUUUCCUUAAUAUGAAUUUUUUUAAUUUUUAUCCUU